GAUUUUCCGAGGAGCCCAUGAACGCAGCACGGGGAUCCAGUAACUGCGAGUCCAGAGAGAUUAGCAAGCAGCAGACUGUUGCUUUUUUUUUGUUGUUCGGGUGAUUUUUGGGGAGUAGAUUUAAGGGCAAUACUUGACAUUAUUAAUGUAGCUCGCCGGAUAUGUUACACACGUGAGUCCGAGGCUUCUCUAAAACUGUCGGCAGGAGGAAAUGACAUGUCAACGGCUAAACUUAUUGCUGGAAUUCUUGAACUCGACUGUGCUGCCUCUGCGCUGAAGGAGACGGAGUGAACAGCAGCAGCAGCCGCAGCAGCAGCCAACUGAAGUUUAUUACUGUUUCCUCGAUAACAAAGGGGGGCUGCUUUUCUCUACGUGCGAUUAUUCGACGCCAUCGUACGCGGAAAGGUCUCGACUCGGAUUAAAAUGCAAGACGUACUCGUCCGAGGUGUUUGCAUUGUGAACGGACAUGGAUCACGGAGAACGGCCCUCUGAGUAACAGUGAUUAACUCAUAUUCAGGAUAUUCGCUUCAUCAAACCACCACCACCGCCGCCACCAUCAGAUUUGAUCAAGCCAACUAAAUGUAAAGAAUCGUCUGGAUCAAGCUACCAUGGAUAUCUUUCCCCGGCCAAGCGGUGAAAUCCAGAGGAGGAACCCUCAGCAUGACUUUGAGCUCAUUCAGAGGGUGGGAAGUGGCACAUAUGGAGACGUGUACAAGGCCCGAAACAUACAAACUGGGGAGCUCGCUGCUGUGAAGAUCAUAAAGUUGGAACCAGGGGAUGACUUUUCCAUCAUACAGCAGGAAAUCUUCAUGGUGAAGGAAUGCAUGCACCACAAUAUUGUGGCCUACUUUGGGAGCUACCUCUGUCGAGAGAAACUUUGGAUAUGUAUGGAGUACUGUGGUGGAGGAUCCCUGCAAGACAUUUAUCAUGUGACGGGACCUCUCUCAGAGCUUCAGAUAGCGUAUGUCUGCAGAGAGACCUUACAGGGUUUGGGUUAUCUCCACACCAAGGGCAAGAUGCACCGUGACAUUAAGGGUGCCAACAUACUUCUAACAGACAACGGAGAUGUGAAGUUAGCUGACUUUGGAGUCGCAGCCAAAAUAACAGCCACCAUUGCCAAAAGAAAGUCCUUCAUUGGAACACCCUACUGGAUGGCUCCAGAAGUAGCAGCAGUGGAAAAGAAUGGUGGAUACAACCAGCUGUGUGAUAUCUGGGCUGUUGGCAUCACGUCCAUAGAGCUGGCCGAGCUACAGCCUCCGAUGUUUGACCUACAUCCAAUGAGAGCUUUGUUUUUGAUGUCGAAGAGCAGCUUCCAGCCUCCGAAGCUAAAAGACAAAAACAAGUGGUCCGCCCCCUUCCAUAACUUUGUCAAAGUGUCUCUGACAAAGAACCCAAAGAAGAGACCCACUGCAGAAAAACUUCUAUCGCAUGUGUAUGUAGCCCAGACGGGUUUGACAAGGAGGCUCGCCGUUGACCUCCUUGAUAAGAUGAACAACCCAGAAAACCACCAGCAUUACAGCGAGGUGGACGAUGAUGACCUCGAGCCCCUCUCUGCAGUCAGACACACCAUCCGCUCCACCAACAAACAAGCCCGAGCUGAGAGGACGCGCUCAGAGAUUGACUCAAACAAUGGGACAGUCCAAGGAGGGCCAGGCUCAAGUCCUAGCUUCACUGAGGGACACAGGGGGGCUGCAGUUGACAAGCUCCAGUUUGAACCACCGCUCCGGAAGGAAACUGAAGCUCAUUCUGAAAUGGAUGUGAGUAAAGAUAAUGACUUCCCUUCCCCGUGGAGUCCAUUUGCAGAGGGAGGAAUAACAACCAGGAGCCUUCUCAAAAGCGUUGAGGACGAAUUGUUCCAACGGGGACACAUCGCUCACCUUGAAGAUGCCUUUGAAGAAGUGGAGCUGUCAACCAUCAAGCCAGGGGUUCCUCCUCCUCUGCCGCCAAAGCCGAGAUUGAACAGCUCAUCUGAGGAGCUUGGCCUUAACGAUGAGAGAUCUCUGACGGUUCGGAGAUUCCCCAACUCUGAGAACGGUCCGAGCCAGGUGGCUCGCAGACAGAGCACACCUGAGCAGGGCAACAAGGUGGAGCACUCGUCUCCAGAUUACCUCUCUGCGAGUGUCAGCAGUCCCGGCCUUUUGUCCCACGCCUCUGAUCCUGAUAAUGACUCGGAUGACAGUGUGAAUGGAGGCAGUCCCAGGGCACCGCCCAACCGACAGCACCGGAAGGAGAAAAAGGAAUUUCCUAAACCAGCUAUCAACGGUCUGCCUCCCACUCCUAAAGUGCUGAUGGGAGCCUGUUUCUCCAAAGUGUUUGAUGGCUGUCCACUGAAGAUCAACUGUGCCACAUCAUGGAUUCAUCCAGACACCAAAGAUCAGUAUCUGAUCUUUGGGACAGAGGAUGGCAUCUAUACGCUGAAUCUUAAUGAGCUACAUGAAGCUACAAUGGAGCAGCUGUUCCCGAGGAAGUGUACAUGGCUGUACGUCAUCAACAACAACCUGAUGUCUUUAUCUGAAGGGAAAACCUUCCAGCUGUACUCCCACAAUCUCAUCGGGCUGUUCGACCAGCUUAAGAAACCCGGCCUGGCUGCUCAGUUCCAGACUCACCGCUUCCCAGACAAAAUCUUACCCAGGAGGUUUGCCUUGACAACUAAGAUCCCCGACACAAAGGGCUGUCACAAGUGCUGCAUCGUGAGAAACCCAUAUACAGGCCACAAGUAUUUGUGUGGAGCGCUGCAGUCUGGGAUUGUGCUGUUGCAGUGGUAUGAGCCCAUGCAGAGGUUUAUGCUUAUCAAGCACUUUGACUUCCCUCUGCCCAGCCCGCUGAAGGUGUUUGAGAUGCUGGUGGUCCCCGAGCAGGAGUACCCUCUGGUGUGUGUGGCCAUAAGCCAGGGCUCCGAGCCGGGCCAGGUGGUCCGCUUUGAGACCAUCAACCUCAACUCCUGCUCCUCUUGGUUCACAGAGAUGGGAUCAACUAGUCAACAGGUGGAUGCGAUCCACGUCACCCAGCUGGAGAGAGACACAGUGUUGGUGUGUCUGGACCAAAAUUUGAAGAUUGUUAACCUUCAGGGCAGAUUGAAGUCCAACAAGAAGCUGGCGUCUGAGCUCAGUUUUGACUUUGGCAUCGGAUCUGUUGUGUGCCUUCAGGACAGCGUCCUGGCCUUCUGGAAACACGGCAUGCAGGGGAAGAGCUUCAAGUCCAAUGAGGUGAUCCCAGGAUUAGACCUCAGGUGGAGCCAGACAAGGUGUCUUUGUGUCGGGUCGAGGUAAUGAAUUUGUCCCCCUUUCACGGAGGGAUUCCAUGUUCACCUGAUCACGAGCAGCAGAAUAAAAGUUCAAGAGAUCACAGGGAGGUGAAGCAUUCUGUUUUUAUGAAAAGUGAUAUGGCGGGUCGGGGCCACCCUUUUGAAAGCUCGUCGUGUCAGACGUAGUCCUGCGGCGCUCACAUGGAACAGAGGGUCUGUUUGUGGAGUCUGCUCAGCCCAGCUUGACAGUUCUCCCAUAGCGAGGAUUUUUGAAAUGUCAGCAGCCAUGCAAAAUUCAUGCUCAAUCAUAAACGAAAGCCGUCACACAACAGGGAUCAGCGCUAAAUAAUUCAGCCUUUGUCUCCUUAUGAUUCCCCUCAAAAGCAGCGGCAUUCAAAGGGGGGGCAGGCCCACUGAUCCGUGCUCGCCUCGGUGGGUGCUUCUCUGAACACCCGAGACCAUGUUCUCAGUUAGACUUAAACAGAUCAGAUCUCUCCUGGGGCCAAGGACUUACACCCAGCAGGUGUCACACAGCGACUAUCUCGCAUCUGUCGACAAGUUUUCAUGUCAUGUCAACACGUAAGAGUGUGUUUUGAAGGGGCCCUGGUCUUUUACACUGCGAAGUGUCAGGCUACAUCUUGUGACUAGAGCAGGUAAGCUCCAGGGUUGUACACAGUAACACGGAGCCCCUGGAGACAGCACAAGACUGUUUGUUGGUUCGCUCACAGUAAGUAAUCCAAAUGUAAACAGUUGAGCGGCAUGGGAACUCUCUCACUCUGAAAUUGAUUGACAGGUCUUUUACUGACUCUAAACAAAAAGCUAAAUAAUUAAAUUUUGUGAUGGUAUUCUUCACUACUUAGUAUGCCACCAAAGUGACUUAUGAACACAUAGUAUGUCAGAUGUAGUUUGAGUGAAAAUACCAGUUUAUACAGCAUCUAGUUGCAUUUUGCCAGUAUGUAUUUCUGGCUGUUAUGACCCACAAUCCUCUGCUUUAGCUGAAGAUGGCUCACAUCAGCUGAGCCACAGAGAGAUGUAAAAUCACACACUCCUCCUUUUUAUUCAAAUUUCAGGCUAUGGAUCGCGACAGAUGUAAGAGCAAGAGAGUCAAAGAUAAAAGUGCAAUUUUCUGAAGAACUAGUGUGUCUGAACUGUGUCUCCACUGGCUUCAGUACGUACUAAAAGUAAAAAAGAAAGAGUGUGCAAUUUGGAGCUGUACAGAAAAGUGCUGCGUAAGUUAAAGUGCAAAAUUAAUAACAACAUAAGCUCAAGAUAAGAGCCACACCGUUGAUGCUGAAUAUUUAGGUUUAUGCCCCUGUGAUGAAACUGUGCUUUAUUAUUUGUGCGCUUGAAUGCAUCGUUAGCACCACCAAUUCAUUAAGAUGCACAGACGACCAGCUGUCAGUUGAAGUCAGUUGUGU